CAAGAAAUUAAGAACAACAAAUCAUCUGUACUUGUAAACAAACUAUAGUGAAAAAUUGGAAAAUGUUGACUUCCAUGGUAAAAGAGCACCAAGUGAAACAGGCCAAGCGCAAACAGGAACAAGAAAUACGACGCAAAGACGUCAUUGAAUCAUCAAACGAGCUUACUCAGGCUAUAGUGGACCACUUAAAUGUUGGUGUGGCACAAGCGUAUUUAAAUCAAAAACGCUUAGAUGCCGAGGCGAAGCAGCUACAUGUAGGCGCCACCAACUUUGCCAAACAGACGCAGCAGUGGCUACAAUUGAUCGAUAACUUUAGCAGCGCGUUAAAGGAAUUGGGUGACGUGGAGAAUUGGGCGCGCAGUAUAGAAAGCGAUAUGCAAGUUAUACAAAGUACGUUGGAAAUAGCAUAUAAAACUUCACGCCAAACGCAACAACACAAUGCCAGUAAUUAGCUGCAUUAAUACGAACGUAAAGCAUCGAACCAUUGCGUCGGCAAGCACACAUUUUGUUUUACCACCUUUUCCUUCCCUGCCUUAUUUUACAGGAAAACUAAGCCAAACGUGCGUUUUUACUUCUUUUAUUCAAUUUGUAUUAGUAAACAUUAAAACUAAUUAAAAGUACAUACAAGAAAACAAACGCUGAA